AUGUGGAAAAUUUUUAUGGCCCUGCUCCUUGCGAUAGCUCUGCUAAUGCCGGUCACAUUAGCGCGCCUGCAUUCCACUUCCGGCAUCGGAAUGUCCGGCGGAGGCAGCAACCAAGGCUCCAGCGGCGUCAGUGGCGGCGGUGGGAGCGGCCCAUCCUCCAAGGAUGCACACGUGAAAACGAAGGACAUUGAGGCCGUCGAGGGUAAAUCAGUGUCCUUGCCCUGCCCUAUCACAGAGCCACUGGAUAACGUGUAUAUGGUGCUAUGGUUCCGCGAUAAUGCGGGCAUACCCCUCUAUAGCUUCGAUGUGCGCGAUAAGGAGAGCCGGAACCAGCCACGACACUGGUCAGCACCGGAGGUUUUUGGCUCACGUGCCAAAUUCCAUUUUGAAUCGCAGCCAGCAACCUUGGAAAUUAAGGAUAUCAAGCGUCAUGAUCAGGGUAUUUACCGAUGUCGUGUGGACUUUCGCACCAGCCAAACGCAAAGUUUCCGCUUCAAUUUGUCAGUAAUAAUACUUCCGGAGCAGCCAAUCAUCAUGGACCGAUGGGGUCGUCAGCUGAAUGGCACUCAAUUGGGGCCCAAACAGGAGGGCGAUGAUAUCGUUAUCACUUGUCGUGUGGUGGGCGGUCGGCCACAACCGCAAGUCCGGUGGCUCGUAAAUGGACUGCUUGUCGACAAUCAAAACGAGCACAAUUCCGGCGAUGUUAUCGAGAAUCGUCUGUUGUGGCCAUCGGUGCAGCGCAACGAUUUGAAUUCCGUAUUCACAUGUCAGGCACUGAAUACUCAAUUAGAUAAGCCCAAGGAGAAGAGCUUUAUACUGGAUAUGCACUUGAAGCCCCUGGUGGUAAGAAUCAUGGAUCCGCCCAGCUCCAUGACUGCAGAUCGUCGCUAUGAGGUCUCCUGCGAGUCCUCCGGCUCCCGGCCGAAUGCCAUCAUCACAUGGUACAAGGGAAAACGGCAAUUACGACGCACAAAGGACGACAUAUCAAAGAACUCGACACGCUCCGAGCUGAGCUUUGUGCCGACCACAGACGACGAUGGCAAAUCGAUAACAUGCCGUGCGGAAAAUCCAAAUGUGAAUGGCCUGUAUUUGGAGACCAUGUGGAAAUUGAAUGUCGUUUGUAAGUAUUACAAAUUGUGCUUAAGUCUAAAGUAUGAGUGA